UGUUCUUUUAAUCCAGGUUUUCUCGACCCUCUGCCAAUAUGGAUAGCUCUUUGGCUUGAGGAGUUUACAUCCUGCACUACAAUGUCUCUGUUGUCUCGUGGAGCGGCCUCCAAAUGAUGCACAAACGCCUGUGGCGGAUAUCCCAUAUUCAAAGUACCAGCACAGGCAAAUUCCUGUUUCGACGUUGUGAGGAAGCGCCGAAAAUGCUCAAAUGCUCCCUGCAGUUGUGUUGGUAGGAUAAGGAAAGCGAUACGUCUCUUCAAACUACCGUGGAAUAUACACGCUCUCUCGCCAUGGGUUCAAAAUAUCCCCUGGAUCCUCAAUACGAGGGUCUGGGAUCUACGAUUGAUAACAUACCCUUGAAAAAUAUUGCAAACGAAUUGGAACCCCAGAUAAGGCAGGCACCAUAUCUACUUCCUGACUCGGGGGAGUCUGAUGCACCCUAUCAAAUCAUCCUGAGAACAGGCGAUGUUAUCAUCGAAUAUUCGGAUCUCGAAGCGGACACAUCCAUGCGAGCUGAGGCACGUCGCCGUCGCUGGCGAGUAUCCAGUGAGGAUCUGAUGCAAAAUAGUCCGUACUUUCGAGCCCUUCUUGAUCCUGAGAAAUUCUCCGAGGGCAGACAACUCAUGCAACAGAAGACGAUGCACCGGGAACUGCCGACUCCCGAGCCCAUGAACGGCGUCUCUUUUGAUGAACAAAGCGCGGAAGUGAGCUAUUUGCCUGUCGUGAUUCUCCCAAGCAAACAUCUCUCGCCGAGACUUGGGUUAGAUGCCAUCAAGCUGUUCCUCGAGAUCCUCUCAUUCAACUCGUUUGACGAAGAACAGAAGGGUUCCUUCGAUGCAGAACUCAAAUUCAUGCCCGUAUCCCUGAUUGCGAGGCUACUGGAGCUAGCAGAUGCGUUCAACUCUCCGCACAUCGUGCAAGAAUCUCUCAAAAGAGUCAGCUAUGCUUUUGGAAAAGGGAAAUAUUCCCCCACCAAGUUCGAUUCUGUCUUACUCAAGCUGAGUGAGGAUCGCAUCCGACAGACGAUCUUUGUAGCGCGGACAUUAGACGAACCGAUCAUCUUCAGAGUAAUGACACAUGCCCUGAUAGUACUUGGAUCGAAGUCUUGGGAAAACGGCGUCGAGCCCCCCGACUCUCCUACCUUCCACUGGCGCUACUUCUCCGGUGGCAUAGAAGAGGAGCUCUACUACCGCCGCCAAUGUGUCCUCAACACCAUCACCGACCUCCAAGCCUACUUCCUCCGCGUCUACGGUGCCCUAGAAGAUCCAGAGCCCCCUAAACCCUUCCUCCCCAGACAACCCCUCGCACCGGCCACACACCAGCCCCGUCCAUUCCAAUGCCGCUACGGCUUCGGCAACUCCAGCGCCUGCGACGCCUUCCAUCUAGGCCAAAUGACACGCUUCUUCUCCCUCCGCACCAAGACCAUCUUCCUAGGCUCAACCUUAAUCGACCCCGACUUCGCCCUCGACUUCACCUCCGACUCCGAUUCCGCACCCGACCACCCCCCAGCUCCCCCAACAGACAUAACCACCAUCAUCGCCUCCCUCAAACAAUGCCCGGACUACCAAAUCGACCCCAGCCACAUCGGCUGCGGCGUCCGCCGCCGCUUCCUCCCCCCUCUCGACUGCAUCGAACGUUUCAUCGGCGACAGUCGAGGCCUCCUCGGAAUCGACCCUCAAACCUGGGACGGUGGCCCCAAAUGGCCCCAUCCAUCAACCUCAUGGGCCAAUCGAGCCCUUCCCCGCGCGCACGUCAUCGAUAUCCGAAUCUCGAAAAUCAGCGCAAUCCCCGUCCUAACACGUGGUGCUACCCGCCCCUCUUUCACCUCCCAGGACGAAAACGCCCGGUUCCUAUUCACCGCCAAGAAACGGAACUGGGAGGCUUAGGUUUCGCCCGGGGAGGGGGCCUAGAUAGGUCGACCGGUUGCUCUUUCGUGCCAGUGGCUUGGUGGUUUCUCUCUGGGUCGCCAUCCCAGGGUACGUAGGAGGGGUGGUUGCCCGGCUAGACCCCCGACCCCCGCCCCUCCUUUAUGGGUUUCGAGAAAUAUUCUCACCCCGAUCCAUUGGAACAGACGAGAGCGUGCCAUGAGGUCAGUCUUCGGUACUGCCAGCGCUGCUACUAUCUGGAUACAUGGUUACCCGCAUGUGAGGUUCUAUUGGUACUGGGCCCAUUUUAGCUUUGGGGUGUUUCUUUCUGAAUGACGGUCAGUCCCCUAUGGAUUGGAUACAGAAUCGUGGGCGAUAACAAUCCUGAUGGCUCUUGGUGCCUCCCUCCCCUCCAACACAUUGAUGCCUGCGUACGUGUUGGAGAAUGUAUAUAGAACCUUUUUGUUUAUAAUACAUACUCUAAAUAUGUCCAGAUAACUACGAGGUCA